CGCGCUGGGCACAGAGCGCAGUCUCGGCUGUGCAGCUCCGAGCGCACCCUCCGCCUUCCCGCCGCCGUCCCCGCAAUCGCCGCCGCCAGCAUGCCCAACUUCGCCGGCACCUGGAAGAUGCGCAGCAGCGAGAACUUCGACGAGCUCCUGAAGGCCCUGGGUGUGAACGCCAUGCUGCGGAAGGUGGCCGUGGCGGCUGCGUCCAAGCCGCACGUGGAGAUCCGCCAGGACGGGGACCAGUUCUACAUCAAGACAUCCACCACUGUGCGCACCACCGAGAUCAACUUCAAGGUCGGAGAAGGCUUUGAGGAGGAGACGGUGGACGGACGCAAGUGCCGGAGUUUAGCCACUUGGGAGAGCGAGAACAAGAUCCACUGCACACAAACUCUCCUCGAGGGGGACGGCCCCAAAACCUACUGGACCCGGGAGCUGGCCAAUGACGAGCUCAUCCUGACGUUUGGCGCCGAUGACGUGGUCUGCACAAGAAUUUAUGUUCGGGAGUGAAGGCAGCCGGCUUGCUCCUGCUAUGGGGGUGCGAUGCAUGUCCCCCCAAGGAAUGUCAUAGGUCCGAGCUGCCAGUGGACGCCCCUCCCCAAGUCGACAUUAGGUGACCCCGCUUUCCCCACACCUGCCUGCGUUGUAGUGCUUCCCUCUGCCCCAGGCCAGUGCUCCAGGGCACUUGCUCGCUUUCACCCGUCAUUAAACUGGUUG